GUAGGCAAGCCGCUCUGUAGAACCUCAAAGCAGGAAACAGCUGGCAGGACACUGCCAAUCCCAAAAUGACUGACAGCGCUCUCGACAAAUGGUGGAGAAGGAAUUCUAUCAGUGGGCGUGGCUUUGCAAUUUACUAGGUGGCGGAAUCUGUUGUGACAGCGGCUGGAACAGGAAGUGCUUGUACUCUAUAGUGAAAGAGAGCAGCCCAUUUAUGCAUAUCAUGUCUCAGAAUACUGAUGGUGACACCCAUGUGUUCCGAGCUCUGCGGGUGCUGUCAGGAGUCGCCGCUCAUCUUUCCGCUUUCUCCCUUACUGUGUACAUGAUAUUUGUAUCACAGCCUGGAGCAACUCUGUUCUCAUGGCAUCCAUUCCUCAUGACGCUUGCAUUCUCUUUCCUGAUGACAGAGGCAAUCUUGGUGUUCUCUCCAGAUUCCUCCUUACUCCGUUCCUUUUCUCGGAGGGCACGGGUACAAGUUCACUGGGUUUUGCAGUUGUUGUGUGUGGUCUGCUCAUUGUUGGGUCUUGGAAUAAUCUACUCCAACAAGGUUCUACAGGGAAAACCACACUUCUCCACAUGGCAUGGACUUCUUGGGGUACUGACUGUGCUGUGGACUCUGCUGCAGAGUGUUGGAGGGGUCACUUUACUUUACCCAAAACUGGUACAGCGUUGGAAUCUGGCCACUCGCAAGCUUUACCAUGCAACAGCGGGGCUAAUUGGCUACUUGCUGGGUUGUGGAAGCCUUCUGCUGGGAAUGUGUUCUCUUUGGUUUGGCGCUUCUGUCACUGGUCUGUCUUGGUAUCUUUGUGUUCUGUGUCCAGUUCUUACAGGCCUUGUCAUCAUGAACCAAGUGAGCAAUGCAUAUCUGUACCGCAAAAGGAGCCAGUCCUGAGCUGUUUAAAGAUGUUUUUUUUUAUUUUUCCUACGCUGCAAAAUUUUUGAAGAGGAGGUGGAACUCAGGCUUUAAUGGACAUGCUUGGAGAAGAUAUAAAAGACUGUUAUUGACUGAGCCGCACAGGCUCAAUGGCAGCCAUCACUGUAGUGGCAUACAGGUGCUUUGCAGGACAUUUUGGGACGGCUUGGUUGUACAAAGUGCUUAUUUUAAUUAAAAAAAAAAAAUACAAUUCAGAGAAGAUGCUUAAGUUAAAGGACAAGGAAAACCUCAGUCACUGGGGCUGUGUCAGUUUCUUGGGCACCUUCCUCUGUCACUUGAAAGCAGGCAGUUUGCAUUAGAGCUGCAUUAGAUUGAACAGUGGUUAUGGAGACUCUGGGAUACAUUUUGUGCACAGAAUAAUCAAAAUGUUUUUUUAAUAAAAAGAAAAAAGAAAUUUAGAACAAGCUCAAAUGGAAGAUAUUCCAGGUCUUGAAGCCUUUAGUAAAGGAUCAGACCAUCAGCUGAUAUUCUGUGGAGGAAUAUGUAUUAUGACAACACAAUGAUGUAUUUCUACUAAAACUUUUCAUAUUAAACAUAACAGUAUAUUUUUUAAUGUU